GCCACAUCACUACAUCAAAAGUGGUUGGUGGCAACAUAUUAUCACUCAUGACGAAAACUCAAUGUAAGCCUAGUUUGUGUAUCCAAUAAUGAAUUGACAUUUCAAGCACUCAUGGAGUUUUCCGUCUUUCUCUUACGACACUCCCUUAUAUUCUACCACGUGUUCAUCUAACUGUAGUACCGCACGCAUAAGAUCACAGCACAAUGCAUUGUCAGUACUAGUAGUUGUACUAUAAAUCAGCAUCAUCUUGUUGUUUCUAGGUUGUUCAAUUUGGAUUCUUCACUUCUCCACUAAUCACUGUCUCAAUCUGAACAUGGCGGAAGGUAGUGCACCAGCAGUCCCAAGUAGUGAGGUGUUGGAGUGGCCAAAGAAAGAUAAGCGCAGGUUCUUGCAUGCUGUAUAUCGUGUUGGUGACCUUGAACGUACCAUCAAGUUUUACACAGAAUGUUUUGGGAUGAAAGUGUUGAGGAAGAGAGAUGUUCCUGAGGAGAAGUACUCUAAUGCUUUUCUUGGUUUUGGACCCGAAGAGUCUCACUUUGUUGUGGAGUUGACAUAUAAUUACGGAGUUGAUAAGUAUGACAUUGGAACCGGCUUUGGGCAUUUUGCUAUUGCCACACCAGAUGUUUACAAACUGGUUGAGAAAAUAAAGGCUAAGGGUGGAACUGUCACAAGGGAGCCUGGUCCCGUCAAGGGUGGAUCUACUGUUAUUGCUUUUGUCAAAGAUCCUGAUGGCUACCUAUUUGAAAUCCUCGAGCGCGAAUCUACUCCUGAACCACUUUGCCAAGUGAUGCUUCGUGUCGGUGAUCUUGAACGCUCUAUCAAAUUCUAUGAAAAGGCACUUGGGAUGCAAGUGGUGAAGAAAGUUGAUAGACCAGAGCAGAAGUAUACCAUUGCUAUGAUGGGAUAUGCUCCAGAGAAAGAGACGAUUGUUCUUGAGUUGACAUACAACUAUGGUGUAACCGAAUACACAAAAGGAAAUGCUUAUGCACAGGUCGCAAUAAGCACUGAUGAUGUCUACAAAAGCGCUGAGGUUGUCAAUCUUGUUACCCAAGAGCUCGGAGGAAAGAUAACUAGGCAGCCAGGACCAAUUCCUGGACUCAACACCAAGAUAACUUCUUUCCUGGACCCAGAUGGCUGGAAAACAGUGCUGGUUGACUAUCAGGAUUUUCUGAAGGAGCUCGGAUCAUCAAAGUAACUGUGGUCAAGAAGAUGCUUGGUUGUAUUUUACUAGAUAUAAAUAAAUAGUCCGCUGUGGUAUUUAUCUACACAUGCCGGCAUAUGCAGAUGUUUAGCACGUAAUCAACUUCUACUUUAAGCACUUUUCUGAGACAUGCUCGUGUGUUGGAAUACGAAUAUGACAUCUUUGAAUGUUUGGGUAUGUCUUACUGGUUCCUGUUCACGUCGAAUGUUUAUGUAUGUAUGAUACUAUCCCAUCAGCAAGUGCGGACUUGAAAUCUUACAUUCA